AUCUGCGUGUCUGCUGCCAUCAUGAGAGAGAUAGUUCACGUACAAGCUGGCCAGUGUGGCAAUCAGAUCGGCGCUAAGUUCUGGGAAGUAAUUUCUGACGAGCACGGAAUCGAUCCAACAGGAACGUACCAUGGAAACACGGACCUGCAGUUGGAGAGAAUCAAUGUUUACUUCAAUGAGGCCACAGGUGGCAAGUAUGUACCGCGGGCAGUCCUGGUGGACUUGGAGCCUGGCACCAUGGACUCGGUCAGGUCCGGGCCUUUUGGACAAAUCUUCAGACCAGACAACUUUGUAUUCGGACAGAGUGGUGCUGGAAACAACUGGGCGAAGGGACAUUACACAGAAGGUGCUGAGCUUGUAGACUCUGUUCUGGAUGUUGUACGGAAGGAAUCAGAAAGUUGCGAUUGUCUUCAGGGAUUCCAGCUGACUCACUCUCUCGGGGGCGGUACUGGUUCCGGCAUGGGUACACUCCUCGUCUCCAAAGUCCGUGAAGAAUACCCCGACAGGAUCAUGAAUACAUUCUCUGUGGUACCUUCACCGAAGGUAUCUGACACAGUUGUGGAGCCCUAUAAUGCCACCUUGUCUGUCCAUCAGCUGGUUGAGAACACAGAUGAGACUUACUGUAUCGAUAAUGAAGCUUUGUACGACAUUUGCUUCCGUACUUUAAAACUGACCACUCCAACUUAUGGAGACUUGAACCAUUUGGUAUCAGCCACUAUGUCUGGUGUUACUACUUGCCUCCGAUUCCCUGGACAGUUGAAUGCUGACCUCCGUAAGCUGGCUGUAAACAUGGUGCCUUUCCCCCGUCUUCACUUCUUUAUGCCUGGCUUUGCCCCUCUAACAUCUCGUGGUAGCCAGCAGUACAGAGCUCUUACUGUGCCAGAGCUCACCCAACAGAUGUUCGAUGCCAAGAACAUGAUGGCUGCCUGUGAUCCUCGUAACGGGCGGUAUCUGACUGUAGCAGCCAUAUUCCGUGGGCGCAUGUCCAUGAAGGAAGUUGAUGAACAAAUGUUGAACGUCCAGAACAAGAACACUAGCUAUUUUGUUGAAUGGAUUCCAAACAACGUAAAGACUGCAGUCUGUGACAUCCCACCACGUGGUCUUAAAAUGUCGGCUACAUUCAUAGGUAACAGUACUGCCAUUCAGGAACUCUUUAAACGUAUAUCCGAUCAGUUCACUGCCAUGUUCCGACGUAAGGCUUUCCUACAUUGGUACACUGGUGAAGGUAUGGACGAGAUGGAGUUCACAGAAGCCGAGUCUAAUAUGCAUGACUUGGUGUCAGAGUACCAACAGUACCAGGAUGCCACGACUGAGGAUGAAGAGUUUGAUGAGAAUAUUGACGAGGAGGAUUAGAUAAACCUAUCUCUUGAUAGUAAGACUAGGUCUGACAUUCAAUCAACAUCAUCAUCUGACAAUAACCUACAGAAUGGUGAUUAAGCAGAAAAAUUAUUAGGAUUUUAUUCAAACAUCGAUGAGAGAGAUUGCCAAGACAAUCUUCACAUUUUUGUUAUUUUCAUUGACUUCAUAUUCUGGGCACUAUUCAAGCUGACUUCAUAUAUCUAUGUUUUGAAAUUAACGAUUCACUAUUAUCCUGCGAAGCGAAAAAUUCGACCUUCAAAAAUUUUAUUUUCUCAGUUGUUCAUUACUAAUGAUUUUCUCCCUUCAUCAAGGCACUAUUACAUAUAUCCUACUCACAUUCUAGUAUUUACUUCUUCUAAUCCCUGAUCAUGUCGGUGUAUACACAUUCCUUAUAAAAAAAUUCUGGUUCUCAAAAUUUGUAACAGUCUCAAAUCUGUGUACCUGAUUAGGAAAAUCUGAUUUAAUGUAUUCAAAUGGACAAUCUGUGUCCUAUAAAAUAUAUGAAACAUGGGGGUAAUCAAGACUGACCAUCUAAUGAUGGCAACAAACAAAGGAGGUAAAGAUAAACUUGUGAUGUUACAGAGUAAAGGUUGUCUACACAAGAACUGUCUAAAAA